CGGCAGCCUGCGCCCCGCGGGAGCGGAGCGGCGGCGGCAAGAUGUGGCGACCGUCACAACUUUGCCACUUCCACUCUGCUCUGCUGCAGAGCCGGCCGAAGCCCUGGCCGUCCCCUGCUGCCUUCUUCUGGAGAAACCUCAGGGUCCUGCCUGCGAGGUGGUCCGCGAGACGCCAGCCCCUGUGGAAGAAGGCGCUUUCUGCCACAGCGGUGGGGGGGCCCCUGCUUCUUGGAGUCCGCUAUUUCAUGGCGGAGCCGCAGGAGAGGAGGCGGCUGCGGCUCAUGGUGGACGGUGUUGGGCGCUUUAGCAGGUCUUUGAGGAUUGGCCUACAGAUCUCCCUGGACUACUGGUGGUGCACGAACAUCAUCCUGCAAGGGGUGGAAGAGAACAGCCCGGGGUACUUGGAAGUGAUGUCUGCGUGUCACCAGAGGGCAGCUAAUGCCCUGGUGGCCGGGGCCAUCAGCAACGGGGGCCUCUACGUGAAGCUGGGCCAAGGGCUGUGCUCCUUCAACCACUUGCUGCCCCCUGAGUACAUCAGGACGCUGCGUGUGCUGGAGGACAGGGCUCUCACGCGUGGCUUCCAGGAGGUGGACCAGUUGUUCCUUGAAGACUUCCAGGCUCCACCCCACAAGCUGUUCCAGGAGUUUGACUACCAGCCAAUUGCCGCUGCAAGCCUGGCCCAGGUGCACCGAGCCAAGCUGCACGAUGGCACGGCCGUGGCUGUGAAGGUGCAGUACAUCGACCUGAGGGACCGCUUUGACGGGGACAUCCACACCCUUGAGCUCCUGCUCCGGCUCAUCGAGUUCAUGCACCCCAGCUUCGGCUUCAGCUGGGUCCUCCAGGACCUGAAGGGGACACUGGCCCAGGAGUUGGACUUCGAGAAUGAGGGCCGAAACGCUGAGCGCUGUGCACGGGAGCUGCAGCACUUCCAGCACAUCGUGGUGCCCCGCGUGCACUGGGACACGUCCAGCAAGCGCGUGCUAACUGCUGAAUUCUGUGAGGGCUGCAAGGUCAACGAUGUGGAGGCCAUCAAGACCAUGGGGCUGGCAGUGCAGGACAUAGCAGAGAAGUUGAUCCAGGCUUUUGCAGAACAAAUAUUUUACACAGGCUUCAUCCACUCUGACCCCCACCCUGGCAAUGUUCUGGUGCGGAAAGGCCCAGAUGGGAAGGCACAGCUGGUGCUGCUGGACCACGGGCUGUACCAAUUCCUGGACGAGAAGGACCGGUCAGCCCUGUGCCAGCUGUGGCGGGCCAUCAUUCUGAGGGAUGACGCUGCGAUGAAGGCACAUGCAGCCACACUUGGGGUGCAAGACUACUUCCUGUUCUCUGAGGUGCUCAUGCAGCGACCCGUGCGCCUGGGGCAGCUGUGGCGUUCGCACCUGCUGAGCCGUGAGGAGGCAGCCUACAUGCAGGACAUGGCGCGGGAGCACUUCGAGGACAUCAUGGGCGUGCUCAAGGCCCUGCCCCGGCCCAUGCUGCUUGUGCUGCGCAACAUCAACACCGUGCGCGCCAUCAACGCCACCCUCGGCGCCCCUGUCGACCGCUACUUUCUCAUGGCCAAGAGUGCGGUCAGGGGCUGGAGCCGCCUGGUGGGCGAAGCAUACCAGAACGUCUGUGGUGCCAGCCUCCUUCGCCAUAUCAGGGUCGUCUGGGAGAUGUUCAAGUUUGAAGUGGCCCUGAGGCUGGAGACCCUAUCGAUGCGGCUCACCGCCCUCCUGGUUCGAGUCUUGGUCCACCUGGGCCUCAUGCCCAAGCCCGAGGGGCUCUAUGAGUACCUGGAAACCUAGGGAGCCCAGGGCAGAAGGACCACAGAGCAUGUCCAGGGCCAGCAGUGUGCCCAGCCUCAGGCCGAUGGAGCUGGCCAGGGCUGGAGGUGUGGACACCAUAAGACCUGGGGCAUUGCAGCAACUGUGGCCUGGAGCUGGGGGCCGCCGUGGGGCUCUGACCACAGCUGGGCCAGGAGACCUUGGAAUGACCACACGUUCUCAAAUCAAAUCAAUCUUUUUCCU